UCUGUCCGUCCAGCCCCAGGUUCCUGUAAACCCCGGGCGGCCGCGGCAGCCUUGAGGACUCUACCUUUCCACUAUCUUCGCCAGGCUUCCCUCCAGUGCGUCGCUCCGGAGAUGGCUGCCCAGUGUGUCACCAAGGUGGAGCUGAAUGUUUCCUGCAACAAUCUCUUGGAUACAGAUGUGGCCUCAAAGUCAGACCCUUUAUGUGUGCUAUUUUUGAACACGAGUGGACAUCAGUGGUAUGAGGUUGAACGUACAGAGAGAAUUAAGAAUUGCCUGAGUCCCAAGUUUUCCAAGACAUUUAUUAUUGAUUACUACUUUGAAGUGGUUCAGAAAUUGAAAUUUGGAAUUUAUGACAUUGACAACAAAACCAUUGAGCUGAGUGAUGAUGACUUCCUAGGAGAAUUUGAAUGUACCCUUGGACAAAUUGUUUCCAGUAAGAAGAUAACUCGACCACUGGUACUUAAAAAUGGAAAACCUGCUGGGAAAGGGAGUAUUACGAUUUCAGCAGAAGAAAUAAAGGAUAACAGAGUGGUCUUAUUUGAAAUGGAAGCCAGAAAGCUGGAUAAUAAGGAUCUUUUUGGAAAGUCAGAUCCAUACCUGGAAUUUCACAAGCAGACAUCUGAUGGAAACUGGCUAAUGGUUUAUCGAACAGAGGUUAUUAAAAAUAACUUGAAUCCUGUUUGGAAGCCUUUCAAAGUCUCUCUUAACUCUCUUUGCUAUGGCGAUAUGGACAAAAUCAUUAAGGUAGAGUGCUAUGAUUAUGACAAUGAUGGAUCACAUGAUCUUAUUGGAACAUUUCAAACUACCAUGACAAAACUGAAAGAAGCUUCCAGAAAUUCACCUAUUGAAUAUGAAUGCAUAAAUGAAAAGAAGAGGCAAAAGAAAAAAAGCUAUAAGAAUUCAGGCGUUAUCAGCGUGAAACUCUGUGAGAUAACAGUAGAAUGCACAUUCCUUGACUACAUCAUGGGAGGAUGUCAGCUGAACUUUACUGUGGGAGUAGACUUCACUGGCUCCAAUGGCGACCCAAGGUCUCCUGACUCUCUUCACUAUAUUAGCCCCAAUGGUGUCAAUGAAUAUUUGACUGCCAUCUGGUCUGUGGGAUUGGUCAUUCAAGAUUAUGAUGCUGAUAAAAUGUUUCCAGCUUUUGGUUUUGGUGCUCAGAUACCUCCUCAAUGGCAGGUAUCCCAUGAAUUUCCAAUCAACUUCAAUCCAUCCAAUCCCUACUGUAAUGGAAUCCAGGGCAUUAUAGAGGCAUACCGGGCCUGUCUUCCUCAGAUCAAACUCUACGGACCAACUAACUUUUCUCCAAUCAUAAACCACGUGGCCAGAUUUGCAGCUGCAGCAACACAGCAGCAGACAGCUUCUCAAUAUUUUGUGCUCUUAAUCAUUACGGAUGGUGUGAUCACAGACCUUGAUGAAACCAGACAAGCUAUAGUUAAUGCUGCCAAGCUGCCUAUGUCCAUCAUCAUUGUUGGAGUUGGAGGGGCUGACUUUAGUGCCAUGGAAUUUCUGGAUGGCGAUGGAGGAAGUCUGCGCUCCCCAUCCGGCGAAGUGGCCAUCAGAGAUAUUGUCCAAUUUGUGCCUUUCAGACAAUUCCAGAAUGCUCCUAAAGAAGCCCUGGCUCAGUGUGUCUUGGCAGAGAUUCCCCAGCAGGUGGUGGGCUACUUCAACACAUACAAACUCCUUCCUCCCAAGAACCCAGCGAUGAAAUAACUGGAGCCGUGACCACUGCCAAGGGAACUCCUGGGCCUCCUCUGUGAGAAGCGAUGCCACACAAAACCAUGUAUCUGCCAUGUACCUGCCACUUUGUAUACUCUUCACCCCCAGCAUUUAGGAUGCAGAUGUCAUUUGUUUUUUGUGGAUUCUUUUCAAAGCAUAGUUUUUGUGCAUUUUGAGGCAGCUAGUGCCAAGUUCAACUUCACCCAAUCAAUUGAGCAACUGCAUAUGAUUUAUAGUAAUUGUACUGAAGCUAUUCGGGUGGGAAUUUAGCACGGGGAAAGCUCAUUUUUGUUGUUUACUUCCAUUUGGUGAAAAUGUCAUGUUUAAAUGCUUGUCAUUAGGAAGAAUGGGAGAUUGUUAGGAUGAUGUACUUUUUGCAGCUUACUGGGCUUUGCAUUAAAUGUUUCACAGUCAAUGUCCACAUUAUUAACUGAGCCAGUGUCUUAAAUUAGGUAAUACUGACUUUGCUCUGGUAGCCCUAUCUUCAGUUUUGCCUCAGGGGCUCAAACUAUGUGGCACAUUUUUGCUGCAGGAUAGACAUUAUGUGGUUUACAGAACUACAUGUAGUCUCGUGAGACCACAGAGAAGGAAAACAUAUACUCAGUGUUUUAAAUGCACAGGCAGUAAAUAGGGAGCUUCUCACACCUUUUUAGGUUUCUCAUUGUCAUUGUGGAGCACUCUAUGCUCACCAUUUGCUUUGCUUUGACUGAAUGAGACACUCAGGAUUCUGUAGAAGCAUAGAUCUUAGGUUGCGCCUGAAUCAACAUCAUUAGAUUAUUUUAAUUAGGGUUUGCUAAAAUGGUUAGUAUUGCUUUGUCUAGAAAGCCAUGAGGACCAAACAUAAAGGUGAAAAUUCAGAAUUCUAGCUCCUUCUGACUAAAGAAAGACUAAUAUAAAUAGAAAGGCUGCUAAGUAAUUUUUAUACUUUUCCUUGCUAAGGUCCCAUAUAUUAAUUUGUACAGAUUUAUUUUGACAUUUUUCCUUUUUAAAAAAUAACAUUUCUGCUUUUGACCCAUUAUGUAUUCAUCAAUCAAAAUCACUUUUAACAUUUUAAUGGCGUACAAUUAUAUCAUUCUCACAUCUUAACUUCCUGAGUAGCUUGAAUUACAAGCGUGAGCACCAGUGGCUCUACUUUUUUGCUCAAGAGUAGAAUUUAUUUUUCUAAUGGUACCCAUUAGAAAUAUUAUGUAGUAAACAUUACCUUUUCAGAAUAGAGUCAGUAACUUUUGAUUAAGGAGCUGUGUGCCAAGGACUGUGCAUGUCCAUAUGUUGCCCCCUUAUGAGAGCUAACAUUAAAAAUUGUGUGCUCAUCACAUAUCCCUGAGUGGAUGCGCAGAGAAUUGGCCCUGCCACAUGAAUGCAGAUCUGCUGUACAGCCCCUGCCUCUUCUCUCUACAGCAUGUGAAGGAAGUAAGCUGUCAGUCACCAACACCUUAGCUUCCUGAAAGAGCUCAGUAGGUACAGGUGCUGAGCCUAGAUGGGCAGUUACCCCUUCCCACUUGACUAGCUGACCCCUGGAGGUGACUCUUAAGCACAAGGCACCCACCUAAAAGGCUGCUAGUCUAGUCUAUUAUAUAGCUCAUCAGAUAAUAAAUUAUUUCAAUAUUAUCAAUACAAAAGAAAAUUGAGCACUUUUUCUUUUGUUGAGACGUCAUUGUUUCAGAUGUCCUCAUUUUAGUUCUCUGCGUGCUUGUGAACAGAAUAGAUGAGUUGCUGUAGUUUGUAAUUUCCCAUUUUUUAAACGUAGAAAGGUGUUUAAUAAAUGAUUUACAUAUAUGCUCAGUGUGUGGAAAGCAGUAAGGAGUGUAGCUUGUCUGAUGAAUGCUGUGUCCGGUCUCGCUCUGCCUCCUGCUCCCUCUACUCCUACCCUACUUCCUCAUCGACACCUGGUCACCUGCCCCAGCCACCUGGGAACUGCUGGUUGUGAGCAUUGGUUGCUUUCAUUGGACAUGCAUUUGGUCCUCAUAACUUUAUAUUCUGUUUUUUCCAGAAUUGCUCCCUUUAAAACACAUUUUUCUUUCCAGUGUUCAUUUUUUGAUUAGCUUCAUCAAUAAAUUCAUUUAAGCUAGAAGGCCAGUGAAUCAACAUGACUGGUACCUUUCUGUAGCUGGAAAUGAAAGCUGUUACAGUUUCUCAAUUGUCAUUUAAAAAAAUUCUUAAAAAUUUAGCAGCCACAUUACAAGCUGUUUUACUACUGUUUUCUCUUUCUAAAUUUUUUUUCUAUUAAAAUAACCCCUUGCAUCUUGUAUUGUCAUUCAUUCCCUCUUUUUUGGGGGGUAGUGGUGCUGGUGCUAGAGCUUGAACUAGGAGCUUAGGUUCUAUUCUCCUGUGGCUUUCUGGCUCAAAGCCUGUGGUCUACCGCUGAGCUGAACCUCUACUUCUCUAUUUUUGUUUUUGUUUUCUGGUUAUUUGGAGCUAAGACUCUUGUGGACUCUUGUCGUGGUCCUCAGAUCCAUGUCUUCUGAGUAGGUAGGAUUACAGUUGUAAGC